AUGAACAAGAAGUUCAAGUCUGGGAGUUCUAGUAAUACUGGUUCAAGCCAAAGUGGUAAUUCAAUGCCAACUUGUACUACAUGUGGAAAGAAACAUGGAGAUGUUUGCUAUCGUGCAACAGGGGCUUGUUAUCACUGUGGGAAGUUUGGGCGCGUUGCCAAAGAUCACAUGGGACAUUUUGAUGUUGUUUUGGGUAUGGAUUGGCUAGCUAAAUACUAUGCAACUAUUGAUUGUGCCUUGCAACGAGUAAUAUUCCGACCUCCUGGGCAAGAUGAAUUUUAUUUUGAGGGAAAAAGGGUAGUUUCACCACUAUACCUCAUACUUGUCAUGAAAGCCCGAAAACUAAUAAAUAAGGGUUGUCAACGGUAUUUGUGUAGUGUAAUAAUUGAACCAACGAUAGACAUUACUCUAGACAAUAUACCAGUGCUGAGAGAUUUUCCUGAUGUGUUUCCGGAUGAAUUACCUAGCCAACUUGUUGAUAGAGAGAUUGAAUUCACAAUUGAUGUAAUACCGGGAACUCAACCAAUUUCUAAAACUCCUUACCAUAUGUCUACCACUAAAAUGAAAGAAUUGAAAACUCAGUUGCAGGAACUGCUUGGUAAGGGAUUUAUUCAUCCAAGUACUUCACCGUAG